AUGCUCACUCCGGUCAGCAGCUCUCUCCACCUCACUGCAUCGCGACGUGGCCUAAUCAAACUUCUUUGCUACUUAGCACCCUUUCCAAGCAGAACUCAUACCUGCGGCGGCUUGUCUGCUCUUGAUGCCGGUUCUCGAGUCAUUUUGACUGGCUGGUUACUUCCUGAGCGAAAGGGAAAGCUUGUGUCUUUUUUUCCCCUCAAGGAUUCCUUUGGGACAGUCCAGCUCAUCGUUAAUAAUUCCGAACAAACUCGUGAAGACUUGGCCGCUCUUUCAAAGGUUCCAACCGAGUCAUCUGUUCUAGUACAAGGUCAGGUACUACUGCGACCCCCUAGUGCCCGUCGUCCCGUUAAGAUUGAUGUAGAAGUAGAAAAGUUUAUCGUUCUGAAUGCUGCGGCAAGCGAUUUGCCGUUUACUCCCUCCAAUAUCCACAACCUGCCAAGUGAAGACUUGAGGCUCCGAUACCGGUUCCUAGAUCUGCGCAGGACAAUGUUGUCUGACAAUCUGCAAAAGCGAAGCCAAGUAGCUCACCUGGUCCGUAACACCUUGCACGAUAGUGGUAAGGUCGUUCUCAUUCGGCUUCACAUUGGACUGAUGAUCACACCAUAUCUAGGUUUUGUGGAGAUUGAAACACCUGUUCUCCUCAGAUCCUCUCCCGAAGGCGCGCGUGAAUUCUUGGUUCCGACUCGAACCAAAGAUGUGUCGGAUUUUCCGGCAUUCUAUGCUCUACAACAAUCCCCACAACAACCUAAGCAAUUACUGAUAGCUUCUGGUACCGUAGACAAGUACUUUCAGAUCGCAAAAUGUUUCCGCGAUGAGGACGGUCGAAAGGACAGGCAACCGGAGUUUACUCAGAUAGACAUGGAAAUGGCCUAUGUAUCCUGGGGUCCAAUGGAUUCGAUCGGUACUUCGUCAUCAGGAUCUCAAUGUUCGGGGACCUGGCGCAUUGGUGGGAGCGAAGUUCGCGAUGUGGUUGAAACCAUCAUAAAGAAGAUUUGGAAAAAAAUAGAAAACGUGGAUCUUCCCUCAUGUUUCCCAGUGAUGACAUAUAACGAAGCCAUGACUCGAGCGAGUACAAUAAAGUAUGAACCUCCUUUCGGCUCUGAUAAACCUGAUACUCGGUUUGGCCUCGAGAUUUCCGAAAUAACUCCGUUCGUUACUCCAACUCAGAAGGCUUUGCUCGAAGAGAAAGAUGAGGUCCUGGAAGCAAUUAUCAUACGAAAAUCUCAGGAGCCUGGUUUCUGGCAUAUUGCCCGCAAAUGCGAAAUAGACCCUCUAGUUGUAUGUGGUCAUAGAAACGCAGCAAAUUGGCUUCAAGAAAGCAAUACUGUUGGAAUUCCUACGUCUGCGGAGGUUACUGAAUCUCAAUGUCCCGAUAUCAAUUCAAAGCUGUCCAUUUCUGCUGGAGAUACCGUCUGGUUGGCGCGUCGAUCCCGCGUACCAAAUGGUGGCUCAACGCUUCUAGGGCGUCAGAGAUUGCGUCUACUAGAUGCGGCGUCAGCAGCUCGACAAGUAACUCUCCCGGAAGCGCCUCAUUUUCUCUGGGUCACCGAGUUUCCCCUAUUCACACGUUCUGACGACGACAAGGACUUUUUGGCAAAAGGCAGGUAUAGUAGCUCGCAUCACCCUUUUACUGCACCAAUGUGGCAGGAUAUCAAGUCUUUGUACGAAGGCAAAGUAGAAUCUGUUCGUGGACAACAUUACGAUCUAGUACUGAACGGGGUUGAGAUCGGGGGCGGAUCGGUUCGAGUUCACGACGCUUCGCUACAAGAGCACAUCUUUACGAACGUCCUUCAAUUGAGCGAACAAGAGAGAGCACCCUUUGAUCAGCUGUUGCACGCCCUUCGAUGCGGAGCACCUCCUCAUGGAGGAAUAGCCUUGGGCUUCGACAGAUUAAUGUCCAUUUUGUGUAAAACACAAUCCAUUAGGGACGUGAUCGCGUUCCCGAAGACUGCUGGAGGCGCGGAUCUGUUGUUCAAAAGUCCAGCACUGGUGCCGCCGGAUGUAUUGGAGCCGUAUGGGCUUCAGCCUCGCAAUCCCGAAAAAGCCAGUAGUUCAUCCAGCUAG